ACUUUGGUUGACCACUGCUCCUGGGUCGAGCAACAACAAAUAUCUCUGCGGAGUUGCUAGCUAGGUGGUUAGUUAGCUAGCUGAAAAAACAUGCUUCUUCAGACUUUCAGGCCAUGGCUGUCGCUGCUUCGUUGCAGAGGAUUGCCAGUAGCAACCACACGACUAUACCACGGCGACAGAGUCGCAGCCGUCGGUACACAGCCUGACACACAGUCCGCGGAGUUUGCGGAAAACUAUGAACGAAUGCAAGUCCUUGUUGAUGAGUUGAAAGGCAGAUCGGAGAAAAUCAAAUUGGGUGGGGGAGAGCGGGCCAGAAAGCUGCACAUCUCCAGAGGGAAGCUCCUCCCCAGAGAACGCAUAGACAGACUGCUGGACCCAGGGUCUCCGUUCCUGGAAUUCUCCCAGUUUGCAGCAUAUGAGCUCUAUGGGAAAGAGGAGGUUCCAGCAGGAGGCAUCAUCACAGGGAUUGGCAGAGUCUCAGGCGUGGAGUGUGUUAUAGUUGCUAACGACGCCACCGUGAAAGGAGGCACCUACUACCCAGUCACGGUCAAGAAGCACCUCCGAGCACAGGAGAUAGCGCAGCAGAACCACCUGCCAUGUAUAUACCUGGUGGACUCCGGAGGAGCCAACCUCCCCAGACAGGCUGAGGUCUUCCCAGACAGAGAACACUUUGGACGGAUCUUCUUCAACCAGGCUCGCCUCUCCUCAGACGGAAUAUCACAGAUAGCGGUGGUUAUGGGGUCGUGUACAGCAGGGGGAGCGUAUGUCCCGGCCAUGGCCGACGAGAGCAUCAUCGUCAGGAAACAAGGAACCAUCUUCCUGGGAGGACCCCCUCUGGUAAAAGCAGCGACAGGUGAGACGGUCUCUGCUGAGGAUCUGGGAGGGGCUGACCUUCACUGCAGGAAGUCAGGUGUAACAGACCACUACGCUCUAGACGAUAGCCACGCCCUUCACCUGGCUCGCAAGGCCGUCCGCAACCUCAACUACACCAAGAACAUACAGGUGACCACCGAGCCCCCCGAGGAUCCUCUCUACCCAGCUGAGGAGCUGUAUGGCAUCGUAGGAGCCAACCUCAAACGCAACUUUGAUGUCAGAGAGGUGAUAGCCAGGAUUGUCGAUGGCAGCAGGUUUGAUGAGUUCAAAGCCUUCUACGGAGAUACAGUGGUCACAGGGUUCUCCAGGAUAUUUGGUUACCCUGUUGGAAUCAUUGGUAACAACGGAGUCCUGUUCUCAGAGUCUGCUAAGAAAGCAACUCAUUUCAUAGAGUUAUGCUGUCAAAGGAACAUUCCCCUUAUCUUUCUACAAAACAUCACGGGCUUCAUGGUGGGCAGGGAGUAUGAGGCAGGUGGCAUCGCCAAGGAUGGGGCUAAGAUGGUCACGGCGGUUGCGUGUGCCAACGUGCCCAAGAUCACGGUGAUCAUCGGCGGCUCGUAUGGAGCGGGCAACUACGGCAUGUGUGGCAGAGCAUACAGCCCCCGGUUUCUGUACAUGUGGCCCAACUCCCGUAUCUCUGUGAUGGGAGGAGAGCAGGCUGCCACUGUGCUAGCCACCAUCACUAAAGACCAGCGGGCCAGAGAGGGCAAAGAGUUCACAGCAGAGCAGGAGGCUGCCAUGAAGGAGCCCAUCGUCAAACGGUUUGAAGAGGAAGGAAGCCCAUACUUCUCCAGCGCUCGGCUGUGGGAUGACGGUAUCAUUGACCCGGCUGACACCCGUCUGGUUCUGGGAAUGAGUCUCAGUGCUACGCUCAAUGCCCCGACACAGAGGACACGUUUCGGAGUGUUCAGGAUGUGAACAUCCACAGGGCCACUAAAGGCCAGACUCUGGACCAGCCAGUCUGUACUGUAGUGUCUACUGUAGG